UCUGGCGGUAGUUCAUUGGUGAAUUUAAAAUUUAAAACAUUGAAAUGAUUAACAAGAUAAUAUACGGAGUUUUGGCGGUUGCUUUCGUAGCAAGUUGUCUCGCUGUUACUCGUGACGCAGCUUUCGAUGCAUACUGCAAAGCGUUCUUCCCGGGCGGUUCCGGAUUCCUGGCUCAUCCAACGGAAUGCACGCAAUACAUCAGCUGCUACAUCGAGGAGGCAUACGUCAUUAGCUGUCCAGCAGGACAAAACUACGAUCUGACUGUCCCUACUUGCUCGGCCACGGCCCGUUGUAAUACCUUCAACUGUACGGGAGACACAACGGUAGACUUCCUUCCGAUUCCUGGCGUAUGCACUCAUUACGUUGCGUGCUUCUUCGAUAUUCCGAUGGCCGAAGAAUGUGCUCCAGGAACCGAAUUUAGCGAGACCCAGGGAGGCUGCGUUCCCGAAGCGGAUUCAGAUUGUCUGGCCAAUCCGUGCACUGGAGUCACAGAUCCUGCCACGGGUCUGGAAAUGCAUGAACAUCCCAGAAAUUGCAACCAAUACAUUAUUUGUGAUGGACUCGAUAUGUAUUUGUUCGAUUGUGGCACAGAUCUCUGCUUCGACCUUGCUUCGUCGUCUUGCCUGGCUACAACGACAGCUUUGAGCACCGAUACUACAGACGCAACAACUGAUCCAACCACAGACCCUCCAACUACGAUUUAGAAGUGAAUAAACGUUCUGACACAAACAGUUGUAAUCAUCGUGUGAAUAAUAUUAUUUAAUUACUCAGCUCAAUUCUCAUUUUACUAUUAAGAAAUAAUACGAUUUGAUAGAACAUCAA